AUGGCUUCAAAUGAGGAUCCAACUCUCCCUCCUCCGUCUCCCGUCUCACCCUGGCAUGGAAUCACCCCCGAGCGCCCCUCAGCUGGUUCACCUACAAACACCGACUCUCGUCCACGCCGGUCUUCUUACACCUUCGAAAACACUGAUACUCCUACUACUCCUACGAAAACCAUGCUACCACUACUAUUGCUGAACGAUGCGGAUACUCUGGUGUUCAUCGAUCCCGCUCCAGAGGACCGCUCCAAGAACAAUAUCCUCACUCCGAGCAUUCCCCACCGGGUUCACAGCGAGAAACUCUUAGCCACAAAGUCAACACACUUCCAGCGGCUUUUCAGCCCCCGAUACCAAACUCGCGUCCGAAAGCGCCGAGGAUUUGCCGACAAUCUUCCAUCGGGCGUCAAGUAUGUCAUCGAUCUAACUCCUCCCACCAUAGAUGAGGAUGCCAUCCUUGUUCUGACUGAGGUAUCCUGUCCGGAGGGGAUCCUUACAUGGGCUUCACGCCUGAAGGAAUGGAGCCUGCCGCCUUCUUGUGUCGGGGGAGAAGAUGAAAUGGAGGUGCGAUCAGGCACCCCGAAGCGCGCUGUGGGUCCUAAUAACACGACUUUGGCUGCCAAUGAAGACGACGCUCUCUAUUCAAACGUCUUCGGUGGAGAGGAUGAUGGCUUGCAGCUGGAUGAAGAGGACUACCUGUUCCGGUCUCGACAACCCGCUCGGGCUGCUUUGCCUAUGACGUACUCCGCCAAGCGCCAUCGUGAGGGCAUUGAACAGAUUCUGCAUGUCCUAGAAGGCUUGAAUGUAGCGCUGGAUACACCAUGCAAGCUGUGGACCUUCUUUGCAGUCGCCAAACUUCUCGAUGUUGCAGAUGUCCCCACAGUGAGCGACCAUGUCAUGUCCUGGUUCUAUCACGCUUCGAACAUCCGAUUCCUCGAGGUCCAUCCAGAGAUAGCAUACCGCGUGUCCUGUGGGAUCAAAUCGGGCCCUCUCUGUGCAGAUUCGUUUGUUGGAUUGGUCGGGGACGAGGCGCUUCUCUACAUCAUGCGUGAGGCAAGUCUAAGGCCGCCUAAGUCAUGGGCACCUAUUCUUGACCGCAGCCGCAUUGCCGACUUCCUGGAUGAUACCGAGGUGCAGCGCAUUGAAUAUGCCAGCAAGAGUUUCGCCGACAAAAUCAUCGGCGAUUUCUUGGAUUUGGCUGGAGCCAACAUGCCAUGGAUGGCAGAGGUCGAUGAAUUCGAAAAAAUCAAGCAGCACCUGCGAGACUUUCCGGAAGAUGAAGAGCUAGUGAACCAGCUGGUGACUGAACUGAAAGAUUUCAUCCGCUCCCGGAUCUACCGCGUUCUAUGGAACACGCGAGACCCUCGUCGAUCAUGCAAUAUCACCCCUUCCGACCAAGCUCUCGGUGACGUGAACAAGUUCAAUCGACCACAACUUGUACAGCGUGUCAUUGGCAGGCAUUUCUGGCAUGAUCUCUUUCGCCUGGACCUUGACUCGACUAUUCUUCCCUUGAUCGACUGGGACCAUAAGUCGGUGGCUGAGAUUGGCAAUGGAAUGACUGCUUUCCAAGGUCAUGAAAAUGCUUCGAUACGUUCUGUUAUCAGACAAAACGUCGAACAGAAAGUGCGAGAAUUCAACAUGAGCGUCAGAUAUCAGGUUUCCAAAAAUGCGUUCUGCCCUAGCAGGCGCAAAGCACUGGGUGCAAACGGCACUCACUUCUCUGGCCUGUCUGUCUACAUGCGUAGCCCAUUUCAAGCUGCUGAGCCCCCCGCGCCGAUCGACGGUGGACACAACAAGCCUUUGACUCUCAACUUACGAGACCCACAAUCUUUGCAGCCAGCUCAAGGAGAGGGGAGUUCAACUGCAAUUGACAAGCCAAGAAGUUUGGUCCACCGCCCUCAUCUUUAUUCUUCUGAUGAGAUUGAAGGACGCUCCUCGGAUAGCGUGAGCCCAAUUUUCCCUCCUAUGACAACGACUGCGACCACGGCCCCAGCGAUAUCAGGUUCGUCUUCGAGUAGUACUAGCACCCCAUCUGACGUGGAGGAGAGAUCCUUCGACCUUGGCCGUUUCUUCUCCGGUGUCACCAAGUGGAUAAAUCAGCUCUCGCUGACUUUGCUAUUCCCUCACGGCUCCGGAACCGCGGCACUCGAAGCUACCGACACCCUGUUCUCGUUAACAGAUGAGCAGUUUCGAUUUUUGCCCCUCUGGGCAGGUGGUAAUGACGACGGAUCGGGGGGCGUCUUCACAGAUCAGAACAUCCCCGUCAUGGAGACAGGGGGCUUUUCGGCGCCGGGUCCUGCUGUGCACACGGGGAGUGUGGCUUCAACCAAUACGGACAGUUCUAUGAGUGAUAUCGGCCCGGAUGACUCUCAGUCCACCGUUCACGGAGCAUCUCACCAUGCUACGUUUUCUCACGCUUCGGAUCUCUUGUCCGUGGAUUCCUUCGGAGGGCCAUCUCAGGAAAGCCACAACGAGCGGAGUCAGGCAGGGGGACAUGCGGCUUCUGUACCUGCGUCUGCGUUCUUUUCUGGUGACGAUGAUGAUUUUGAUGUUCUGAGUAACGGUAGUGGCACUGUGAUCAUGGGCUCGACACGACUCUCGGACAUUGAUGAUGACAACGACAUCGAUAUCGAUAUGGAGCAUCCCGAUAUUGAUGAUGAUGAUGACGACCAUGAUGACCAUGACGACUACGAUAGCCAUGAUGACAACUUUGAGCUGAUUGAACCAUACUGA